UGGCUUUGAACUUGUCUCUCUAGGCCGAGGUUCCAUUAACAACUUGCUUUAAUUUUUCCGAUAUCCUGCGGUAAUUGUUUCCGACUUUCGAGCCUCGCUUCCCCAGUUUGUAGAGCAGUAUGGGACGAGAGCCAGGAACACGAUGCUUCUCGUAAUAAGCAAGGCGCGGAGCAUGAAUGAAGCCAUUGCAGUCCCUGGCUGACGGCCAGUGCACAUGCGCGGACGAGGGCGCGGCGAGAUGGAGGUGACGGGCUUGUCGGCGCCCACCGUGACCGUGUUCAUCAGCAGCUCUCUCAACAGCUUCCGCUCUGAAAAGCGGUACAGUCGCAGCCUCACCAUAGCGGAGUUCAAGUGUAAACUAGAGCUGGUGGUGGGCAGUCCUGCGUCUUGCAUGGAACUGGAGCUGUAUGGAGCUGACGACAAGUUCUACAGCAAGCUGGACCAGGAGGAUGCGCUGCUGGGUUCGUACCCCGUAGACGACGGCUGCCGCAUCCACGUCAUUGACCACAGUGGUGCCCGCCUUGGGGAGUAUGAGGAUGUGUCCAAGGUGGAGAAAUACCAGAUCUCACAAGAAGCCUACGACCAGAGGCAAGACUCCGUCCGCUCCUUCCUGAAGCGCAGCAAGCUGGGCCGGUACAACGAAGAGGAGCGGGCACAGCAGGAGGCCGAGGCCUCCCAGCGCCUGAACGAGGAGAAGACCCAGGCCAGUGCCAUCCCCGUGGGCAGCCGCUGUGAAGUGCGGGCGCCUGGGCAGCCCCCUCGCCGGGGCACCGUCAUGUAUGUAGGACUCACAGAUUUCAAGCCUGGCUACUGGAUUGGCGUCCGCUAUGAUGAGCCCCUAGGGAAGAACGACGGCAGUGUGAAUGGGAAACGCUACUUCGAAUGCCAGGCCAAGUACGGCGCCUUCGUCAAGCCAUCGGUUGUGACAGUGGGGGACUUUCCUGAGGAAGACUACGGGUUGGAUGAGAUGUGACACCUGAGGAAAGGCAUCCCCCAGCUCCAACUAACUGGCCUACUCAUUGCCCCUCCCUGUGUGUGCCCAUGGCCCUCUUCCCCGAGCCCAUUUUUAUUUUAUUCACCUUGCUAUUGACUUUUGAGACUCAUGCAUUAAAUUUCCUGGAAACCUGA